UCUGGUCGAGAAAAACUUAUCAGCCUUGUGUCGUCGACGCGUGUGGUCAUCCGUCCUCAAGCCAUUCAUUUUAUCAGAACUGUAUCACUGAAGGCAAAAAAAUCUGGAAAACAAGAGAACGCUGUCUUCCUUUCUCCCAGAGUGGAGGAGAACGAAACAAUCCAUGAGAAUCCAUUAGUUUGCUUUUCUACUUUCAAAUCCUUUCUUCAAGUUCAAUCGCAAUGAACUGCCCAGCCAUGAGUGCAUCUGCUUCGUCUUCCCGUUCCUACUCAACGUUUCGUCCUCGUCCACUGUUGCCACAAACGAGUCACGAUUCACAGAGAUCUGUGCUGCAGUACUCAAGAUCACCUAGUGAGGUGUUUGCUACUUCGCCACUCCGGCUGCUUGGGAAACAUUCGUUGCCUUUGAGAGCGGUGGUGACCUCAAAAAGCAUUUCAUCAUCCUCAGCGGUAGUCAGUGGUGAUGAGAAAAUAGGAGUGCUGUUAUUGAACCUUGGAGGCCCCGAGACUCUGGACGAUGUGCAACCCUUCUUGUUUAACCUCUUUGCAGACCCGGACAUUAUAAGAUUGCCGCCCUUGUUCCAGUUUCUUCAGAAGCCGUUGGCACAGUUCAUAUCCGUUGCAAGGGCACCUAAAAGCAAGGAAGGUUACGCGUCAAUUGGUGGUGGUUCUCCUCUUCGCCACAUCACUGAUGCACAGGCUGAAGAAUUAAGUAAAUGCCUUUCGGAAAAAAACGUCCCAGCAAAGGUAUAUGUUGGCAUGCGUUAUUGGCAUCCAUUCACUGAGGAAGCCAUUGAACAGAUAAAAACAGAUGGAAUUACAAAACUUGUUGUCCUACCACUCUAUCCCCAAUUUUCGAUAUCGACUAGUGGCUCAAGCCUAAGACUCUUGGAGAGAAUAUUCCGAGAGGACGAGUAUCUUGUGAACAUGCAGCAUACUGUUAUACCAUCAUGGUAUCAGCGGGAGGGAUAUAUAAAGGCAAUGGCAAACUUAAUCCAAAACGAGCUGGGAAAAUUUGAUUUCCCUAGUCAGGUUGUAAUAUUUUUCAGUGCACAUGGCGUGCCUCUUGCAUAUGUUGAAGAAGCUGGUGAUCCGUACAAGGCAGAGAUGGAAGAAUGCGUCGAUCUGAUAAUGGAAGAAUUAGACAAGAGAAGUAUAACCAACGCUUACACGCUCGCUUAUCAGAGCAGAGUUGGACCUGUGGAAUGGCUGAAACCAUACACGGAGGAAGCCAUCACUGAACUUGGUAAAAAAGGUGUUGAAAAUCUUCUGGCUGUACCCAUAAGCUUUGUGAGCGAGCACAUUGAAACUCUGGAAGAGAUAGAUGUUGAGUAUAAAGAGUUGGCUUUGAAAUCUGGUAUCAAAAAUUGGGGCCGAGUGCCUGCGCUAGGAACAGAGCCUCUGUUUAUAUCUGACUUAGCAGAUGCUGUUGUGGAAAGUCUUCCAUAUGUUGGAGCUAUGGCAGUCUCAAACCUUGAAGCUCGACAGUCGUUAGUACCGCUGGGGAGUGUUGAAGAACUAUUGGCGACGUAUGAUUCACAGAGGAGGGAAUUGCCAGCUCCAGUGACGAUGUGGGAAUGGGGAUGGACCCGAAGUGCAGAAACAUGGAACGGAAGAGCAGCAAUGUUGGCAGUGCUCGCACUCUUGGUUCUAGAAGUAACCACCGGAAAAGGGUUUCUGCAUCAGUGGGGCAUUCUGCCUUCAUCUUAGUAAAGAACAGACAAUCUUCUUAUCUAUUACAAAGCUAUCCAAGAGUCUAAGACUGUGAUUUCACUUGCGGAAUAAGACCUGCUGUGUUAUUAAAACUCUCUUUUUCUGUCUUAAAAUGUUGACGUUAAGUACUUGAUAUCUUCAUAAGAUCUUUGCAGAUAAGCAGAUUUGUUGAAUUUGUCUAAUAAUUACGACAUUAAGGGCAUC